AUGGUCCAGCGCUCCACUGGGCAGCCCAGUGCCUUUCGUAACGUGAGAACGGGGCGAGGAUCUGCUCCCGGUGUCCGGAGAAGCAGGAGCUGCAGCGCAGGCAAGGGAGAGGCUGGUGCGGCGGCAGCGCCCCCUGCCGGCCGGGCCUCGCCUCGCUCCGCCCGCCCGGCGCUCAUUGGCAGCGGGGCGCGGGCGGCCACUCCCCCGGCGUGCAGGAGCGAGGCCGGGCUGGGGCUGGCGGGAGCGGCGGGCAGAGGGAGCGCGGAGCGGCUACGGGCUGGAGCUCUGGCUGGAGCUGGGCUGCAGGUGGCCGCCGGGCGCUGCCCGCCCUUCCGGCUCCCUGGACGCCCAGCGGGCGAGACAAUGAGGCUGGGCGCGCCGCGCUGGGUCCCCGCGCUACUCCUGCUGCUGCUGCUGCUGCACCCGCGACUCCAGGGCCUGGACGCCGCUGGCACCUUCGAGCUGCAGAUCCGUUUUGUCCGCAAUGAGAAGGGGGUGCUGGCGGACGGGCGGUGCUGCCGAGGAGCCCUGGAGCCGCCAUGCCCCAGGACGGACCAGUGCCGGACUUUCUUCCGGGCCUGUCUGAAGGAAUACCAGCUGCGGGUUCUCCCGGGAGGACCCUGUGUGCUCGGCGCUGCCGCCACGCCCGUCCUCGGAGGCAACGUCUUCUCGACCGGUCACCGGAAAGGCCCCGACUCUGCCCACAAGAUGGUGGUUCGCUUUGAUUUUGCCUGGCCGCGCUCCUACUCGCUGGUUCUGGAAGCCUGGCAUGCUGCCAAUGUCUCUGACGUCACCACCCAAGGCGCAGGGCAGCUGAUGGAGCGGGUGACUCGCUCGGGCAUGCUGAACCCAGGCGAGGGCUGGGAGGACUUGUGGCAUCACGGCCGUGGCACCUCGCUAGAGUACCGAGUGCGAGUGCGGUGCCAGGAGUACUACUACGGCCCGAUGUGCAACCUCCUGUGCCGGCCCCGGGAUGAUUUCUUUGGGCACCACAGCUGCGACUCUGCCGGCAACAAGGUCUGUCUGGACGGAUGGACGGGAGACGAGUGCACCCAGGCUAUUUGCCGCCCAGGUUGUCAUGAAAUGCACGGGUUCUGCGAGGAGCCCAAUGAAUGCAGGUGCCAUUAUGGGUGGACGGGCCCUCUCUGCGAUAAGUGCAUCCUCUUUCCGGGCUGCGUCCACGGGAGCUGCAGUGAACCCUGGAAAUGCAACUGUGAGACCAACUGGGGAGGGCUCUUGUGUGACAAAAAUCUGAAUUAUUGCGGGUCCCAUCGGCCGUGCGAAAAUGGGGGCACCUGCGCCAACAAGGAGCCGGACGAAUACGAAUGUCUCUGUCCAGAGGGGUUCCAGGGUCGGAACUGCGAAAACGCUCUUCUCCCUCUGCCUGUGGCUGAAUCCACCUGCUCUUCUGACCUUUGCUCAAACGGUGGGACGUGUCUCCGGGGUCCUUCUGGCUUCUGGUGCAUCUGUCCCCCGGGAUGGAGUGGGGAGUCCUGUCAGAAUGAGGUAACAGACUGUCUCUCGGAGCCCUGCAGCCACGGUGGGACUUGCCAGAAUAUCCCGGGGGACUUCAAGUGCUCCUGCCCACCCCAGUGGACGGGGAAGACCUGUCAAAUCGAUGUGAAUGAGUGCCAGACGGAUCCCUGCCUCCACGCUCAGGGUUGUAAAAAUCUCAUCGGAGGCUAUUUCUGCGAUUGCCUGGAAGGCUGGGCUGGACCCAACUGCGAAAUCAGAGAAGACGCGUGCCAGAGACAAUGCCGAAACGGAGGCACCUGCCAGGUGAAAAACGGCAGGCACGCUUGCGUCUGCCUGGCGGAAUACACAGGCGUGGAGUGCGAGACGGAGCUGGGGGCCUGUGCCAGCGCCCCCUGCCUGCACGGAGGACAGUGCCAGGAAACAGGGAACAUGACAUUCCGAUGCAGUUGCUCUCCGGGCCGCAGUGGUCAACGCUGCGAGAAGGCCCCCGGGGAUCUCUGUUUCUCAAACCCGUGCCCAGAAGGGUCUUCCUGCCUGAGUGGGAAAGACAACUACAUUUGUACCUGCCCCGAUGGUGCCGAGUGCCAGAGAAUUCAGGAGCCUUGCCCGGAAGGGGUGUGCCCAGGAGGCACCAACGUGAUCCUUCUGUACACCGUCCUGCCUCUGGCACUGCUCCUCGUCUUGGCGGUUCCGGUCUCGGCGCUGCUCGCCUUGUGGAUCAACCGCAAAUCCCGCGAGACCCCGCCGGCACCACUCGAUCCUGCCGCUAACAACGUUCUGCAGCCGGACGCCGUUCACCUCAUCCGCAACAUCACCCACGGCGAUGCCGAGUCGGGGCUGAGGGAGCCCGGGUCGGCGGUCAAAGUGGGGCUGCCGCUGACCUUGCGCCCCCCUUGUGGACUCCCAAAGACGGACAUCUCCAACGCGGAGAGGGCCAAACUCAACCGACUGAAUGGCUCCCCCGCCUUGCCCCAGCCUCUGCUCUGACCCAGCGAGGAGGGUGGCGGAGCUGUUAAAAAGGGGGCACGGGAGGAUUCCCUCUCGAUG